CGUCUUAACGAAGCAUUCUUGGACAAAGUGAUAUAAGUCGAAUCCACCCAAAAUUUUGUCAAUAGACUAAUAUUCCGUACCAACUUCUUGGUCGCACUUCUGAACACCCUGUACUGUCUUGCUCAAUUUUUUUUUUGAAUAAUAUUGCAAAAUUUCGGUAAAAAUAACUAGUGGGAGUUAUAUUUCAUCAUCCAAUUACACUAAUUAUUUUUAAUUUAAAUAUGUAAAACCGAGAAAAGCAGUUCACGAGGUAAUUAGUUUUUUUUUUAUUUCAACUGAUAAAUUCAAAAAAUAUCAUUUCCUCAUCGUUAUAUUCUUCACCCCAUUUCUGAACCGGAUGAUACCAUCACAUCAUGAAAUAUUCAUUUAAUUCUCACUCCCUGUUUAUUCGUUCGAUAAAAGAUACAAGGACAUCAACUAUUUUAUGAGUUCAAAAAGACAACAUAAACAGAAAAUUAAUCAGUGGUAGUGCAGAGCAGAAAACGGUUGGUAGCAAUGAAGUUAUCGGAUUUCAGUGAACGUCGACUUGAAGUCUUCGCUCUGUAUGAUAAGAAAGAAAGUGAUGUGUUAGAGGACAUAAGGAUACUUAGAGAAUGGAUGUCGAAGCUACCACAUUUACCAAAUGAUAUGAUUCAAGAUGAAUUCUUAGAAAUAUGCCUGCUCAAAAACAAGUUCUCCAUCGAAAAAAGUAAAGCAAAAAUAGAAAAGUAUUGUACAUUGAAGGGAAAUCCACAUUACGAUUAUAUUUACGAGAGGAUACCGGUACCCAGUAAAGAACCAUCAUCUCAUAUACCUAUUCCAAUGCUCACAGACGAAUAUAAAAGAUUGGUAUUUUUCACUAUACACGAUGUGAAUGCCUUCGAAAUGGAUACAGAUCUCAACUUCAAUGCAGUUAUUAGGGAGUUCUUCUUGAGGUAUGACUACAAUGAUGGCGAAAUCGAUGUACUAGAUUUGAGGAAUUGUCCUAGCAGUAUUAUUCGAAAAAUUCGUGUGAACAUUUUCGCCGAUGGUCUCCAGCUUAUACUGCAAGGUUAUUCUGCUAGAAUGUCUGCCAUCCAUGUGAUAAGUAGAAUCGGGAGAACAAUUGUCGCAACGCUCAUGCCCUUAUUGCCUAAAAAACUAGUAUCUAGGCUCCAUUUCCAUGAUGAUGAGGAGUCAUUGAGGAGGAUCAUUCCAGCGAAAUAUUUGCCGAGUGAUUUUGGUGGGGAUCUCAAAUCACUGCAAGAAAUAAGAGCUGAUUGGGAUGAAAUUUUCGUUGAGAAUAGAAAACUGAUCAGAAGCAUCGUAGACACAAAAUCCAGAGAAGAAUUGAGGCUGUGUGGCGACUCGGUAAAUGAAGAACUCAAAGGAACAUUCAGAAAGUUGAACCUCGAUUGAGGUUCUGAAAGAAUUGAUUCGCGUAAGAGUUGUAGGAAAUGUUGUUUAAUCACAGGAUUAUCAUAAAUAUACUUGAUUGGAGGUGAAUGAAAUGAAAUGCAGAUGAAUAAAAAUAAUAUGAACAUAAUUUGUGUCAAUUAAAAUAUCGACUAUC